GUGCUUUUAUUUUGAUAGCAAAACAGGAAAUCAUUCUUUAUAAACCUGCAUCAAGCUUGUCGGCAUCAGGUGCAGCGCGCUCAACAACAAUAACAACGGGAUAAGCUGACAUCAUUCCCGGUGCUCUCUGACACAAUGCACCGGCUCUUGUUCGUGUUCCUGGCCGUAGCAGGCGCCUCUGUUCUCGGCCUCCGCAGGCUGGAUGCCCCCGGCAGCGGGCCCUGCGUUGCCCCGCUGCAGUGGGAGGGCAGGUGGGUGCAGUACGACCACAGCACCGGGAGGAACAGCCGGGCCGCGGUCUCAUACGACGGCCUGAACCACAGGCUCCGAGUCCUGCAGCAGAACAAGAAACACACCCCGUGUCAGAAGUUCUUCGAGUACAUCUUUUUGUACCAGAGCCUGGUGAUGUUCCAGAUCGACCAGAAGACGAAGGACUGCUCAAAGAUCGCUCUGACCGAGGCCUGGGAUCCCUUUGACAUCCCAGCCAACUCCACCUUCGAGGACCAGUACAUCAUCGGAGGCCCCGGGGACAACGUGGAGGUCCAGGAGUGGUCGGACAGGAAGCCGGCACGCCAACAUGAGACCUGGGUGGGCGUUUACACCCUGAAGGACUGCUACCCCGUGCAGGAGACCUACGUCAGGAACAGCAGCGUCACCACCUCCACCCGCUUCUUCAACCUGCAGCUGGGCAUCAGCGACCCCGACGUCUUCACCCCGCCCAGCACCUGUCAAUCAGCUCGGCCUGAGAGGAUGUCGGAGUCCGGCUGCUGAAUGCCCUCACCUUCAAUCUUAGAUACUUAAAAGGGAUAAUCUCGCUGAAUUCUUCUGUUACAUAAAUGUCUGUGAGGUCACAAUCGUUUGUCUGAUGAGUUAACACAAGAAGAGUUUUUAUUCAGCAAAGAUCUAAUUAAUGACUUCUGACGAUGAAACUGUUUAAAUGCUCCUGUGACCGUUUGUUUUCCUGAGUUUGGAAGUUGUUUUUCCAGUUUUUGUGUGAAUGCAGGAUUAAACCAGUUCUUUCAGUAAGCGCCGGCUGUCACAGAAACAGCCUAUGAGUCACUUAGUUACUGCUGGCUGCUGUUUUCUAUUCUGGAUUCUAAUAAAAUGUAAUUCACUAACUA